AUGCUCAAGUGGGCUGUCAACCAGCCGCGAAACUCGUACCUGGCCAACGAGCUGGCCAUGGGAUCGCAAACAGGAUCGGUGUCGGCAACAGGAUCAGGAUCAGGCUCAGGAUCGCUGGAGCCAAAGGCCGAAGUGGCGGGCGCCAGCUACAGCGAGUUCCACGCCCUGCGCGGCAAACUGAAGAGGAAGUCCAUCGGAGUGGCGGCGGGCAAGGAGAACCAGCUGACCUCCACGCCACUGCCGGCCAGCUCCUUGAGCCUCCAUGCCCGCACACCACUGCUCAAGGACGUCAGCAACAUCCUGGCCACGCCGCCUUCGGGAGGAGCGAGUAGAGCAAGUGCAGCAAGUGGAGCAACUGGAGGAGCAGCUGCUGCUCCCCUGAAGUUCGCCUGCACCCUGCCCACCUUCGAGGCGGAGUACUCGCCCAAUGCCGCCGUCAUCCCUGGCUCCCUGAUCGCCCUGCGCGGCGUGGGCAUCCCGGACAGCUACUUCGAGAAGCCGCGCUACCUGGAGCAGAAGCCACUGCCACAUCCGCAUCCGCAUCCGCAUCCAGCUCCUCCGGCCAGCGAACAGAAUACGCUCAGUUCCAGUCAGAUGGGCGAUGUGACUCUGGAGCGCAUGAUCGAUGCCAUCCUGGAGAGCAACCGCAAGGUGCUGCCCAACUCCAGACAACAACAGCACCAGCAUCAGCACCGCCAGCCCAGGCAGCAUCUCCGCCAGCGGCACAGGCUCAGGCAGCAGGUGCUCCGGAGCAGCCACGGCCACGCCCACACCCACACCCAGACGCCCUCGCCCACCUACCGCCCCGCCUUCGAUCCGGCCAGCGAUCUGUGCGAGUACUGGAAGUCGCCCUCGCGGAGGGAUUCCCUGCCAGCGAAUGGCUUCGAGGAGCGGGAGGUGCGCUCCCCCGUGCCCACCGAGUCGCAGGAUCCAGGUGCCAAGCGGCACUCCCUGCAGCUGCGCAGGCAGCGGGUGGUGCGGCGCAAGCGAAAGAUCGCCACCAAGAUCUCCUCCAGCGUCAGGCAGUCGGCGCAGAAGCUGCUCGCAGCGGCCAGGUCCGGAUCCGCAGUGCCCAGCCAGCGGUGCGUGCAGAAGAGGCGCCACAUCAGUCCGGACAGUGGGCACAACUCGACCAGCGACUUCGAGGAGGAGCUGGUGGCCAUGGGAUCCUGCGGCGGGCGGGUGGAGGCGGUCACCAAGCGGCGGCUGAGCUUCUCCUACGCCGAGGAUCUGUUCGUGGAGAAGUGA